AUGGAGAGUCUCUUAACUAAACGUCGUCCUUCAAUAGUUCCAGGUUAUUUACCUGAUUCAUCAGAUACCCAGACACUAUCAGUUGGUACACCUAACGAAAAUAAAAAUGCUGAUGUUCAUUCAAAAUUUAUUUCAUCAUCAUCAUCAUCAUCAUUCGUUACUUCUUUACCAUCAAUAACAAAUUAUGAAACAAAACCAUAUUAUACAUUGAAAAAAUUUCAUUAUGAAAACGCAUCAUCUGGUCGAGCAUCACCAACACCAAUGUCUAUAGCACAUACAUAUGGUAUAUGUGUAUUAAAUACAGAAGCUGAAGAAAUUAUAGUUUGCGAUCAUUAUAAUAAUCGUUUACUUAUGUUUGAUUCGAAUGCCAAUGGAAAUCUAUUACAAAUAUUUCGUGGUGAUUUAGCAACACCUGAAUGUGUUACACCACGGCCAAAUUAUCCACAACAAAUUUAUGUUACAAAAGCACAUUCAUUAUCAUUAUAUGAUUUAGAAAAAAAAAUGAUUAUACAAAAAUUAGGUACUGAAGAAAGUGGUCAUGCUAAUAAUCGAUUUAAUUCACCUAGUGGAAUUGCUGUUGAUCCAUCGAACGGAGAGAUUUAUAUGUGUGAUACAUGGAAUCAUCGAAUUUGUGUUUUUUCACCGGAUUUUCGUUAUGUUAAUCGUCGCUGGUAUUUAACACGAUAUCAACAAAUACAACAUAAAGUUAAACCAAAUUUUAUUGCUAUCAAUGGACAUAAUCAAUGUGUUGUUACAUGCGAUGAUGCACCGAAUUAUCAUGGUGCUGUUUAUUUAUUUGAUAAAAUGGGUUAUAUACAAAAAAUAUAUGAUCAUGAACCACGAAAUCAUGUCAAUGUUGAAACUACAUUACAUGUUCCACAUGGUAUAUUACUUGACGAAGAAGGAAAUUGGUUAACAGUUUGUUAUUCUGAUCCUGAAUCACGUUUAGUUGAAAGACGAGUAAAACCUCAUCAAAAUGAAGAACAUGAAUUAAUUACUUAUUGGUGUUGUAAAGAUUUACAAGGACCAAGUGCUUUAGCAAUGAAACGUGAUCAUACACUGAUUAUUGGCGAUCGAGAUGAAAAUUCUUUACAUUUUUUUAAACAACAUUCAACAAAAAAAUAA